AUGCUGGACAUCGGUCGAGGGUCUCGAGAAGGCGCUGUUUCCUUCGAAGUGUCGAUCAAGAAGUGCGGUCGGACAAAACAAUGGAGCGCAGCAUUGCGGUUGCUCCGGGAAGGAAUUCGAUUAGGUGUGCAACUUGUCCCAAGCCACUACGUUGCGAUUGUCAGCGCAUGCGGAAAAAUUGGACAGUGGCAACACGCGCUGUCAGUGCUGAGUGAGAUGUGGGAGGCGAAGCUGGAGCCCGACGUCAGCUACAACGCCGGGAUCGGUGCGUGCGGGAAGGGCGGGCAGUGGCAGCGGGCCCUGGCGCUGCUGGGCGAGGUGCGGCAGGCGCAGCUGGAGCCCGACGCCAUCAUCUACAAUGCUGGGAUCAGCGCGUGCGAAAGGGGCGAGCAGUGGCAGCCGGCGCUGGCACUGCUGAGCGAAAUGCAGGAGGCGAAGGUGGAGCCCGAUUCAGCUACUGCGGUGGGAUCAGCGCGUGUUCGAAGGACGAGCAGUGGCAGUGGACUCUUGCGCUGCUGA